UAAAUUAAUUGCUUUAUGUGAAAGUUAUAGCAUUUACAAAUGUCGGUAUAUAUACUGAGAGAUUUUUUUUUUAAUUUUUACUAGUAAUGGCGGCGAUCAGCGACUUGUAGCGGGACAGCGGCGGGCAUUCUGACACUGGGGGGGAACUGACUUGGUGUCACUGACAUCCCCAGUGAGACCAAUACAGUGAAAAAAAAGCACUGACACUGUACUAAUGGCACUGGGCAGGAAGGGGUUAACAUGUGGGGCAAUCGAAGGGUUAACUGUCUGCUGUUUUGCAUACUGGGCUGUGUUUGUGCUUUGCUGUAAGCACACUGCUUUGCAUGGUUGUGCUAUGCACAGCCAUGCAAAACAGUGUGCAGGAGCUGAGCACACAGUUAAC